AUGCAGCCGCUGUUGGCACCCCAAGGCGAGCGUGCAACGCUGCAGCACCACGAAAUUCCCGUCGUGCCAACUAACAAACCGAAAGGCCAGCAGCCCCCUUCGCGGCCAGUGCACACCAAGCCGUCGCACUUGGCAAGCCCACAACCCAUCGUGACCUCGGCGAUGUACAGGAUGGAGCCACCUCCAUCGUUCCUCAAGCAUUCAUGCCAGCUGACGACCCCAUCCGAAGCGAAAGCACACACGUCACUGCCCUGCCCACGCGAUGAGUACAAGAACAAUCCUGCUGCAUCUUGUGACGCGCAGGUGCCGUCGACGUUUGUCGGGGCAACCCUCCCGACUGUCAACCGCCCCGACGGGGCGGAUAACAGUAGGGGGGGUUCCAAAGGCAGCACAAAGAAAUUUACUCCCCGAAAUGGCCCACCGACAGGAAAUGUUGCCCACUUCCGCCUCACAAAGCAAUCGCCGUCGACGAUGGCAGUCCUGCAAAUGACGAAACCCAGCAUAUUAAAUACCCCCGCAAUCCACCGACCAUUACGGUGGAGUCGAAGGGACGACGGCAAUCAGUUCCACAGCAUCGUGCAGGGCGGGCGGCCCCCGUCUCGAUCCUUCCCAAGCCAGCAUCCCGUCCAUGUGCCAAGUGCACCCCCCCUUGUUCCAAAGACUCCUUCGCGAGGGGUGCGCGGAGGCGGUGAAAUGAACUUGAGUAAUCAAGAAGACUCGGGGCCCAUAUCCACGCUCCAUCGCAAGCCGAGCAUGAGCGACUUGGAACUUGUCAGCUUUGGCGAGAUCUCAUCCAAAGUGGUGUUUCGAACCAAGUGUAGCGAAAGCGGGGGGAGCUGGAGGGACCCCGAAGUCGCCGUAUUUCAAGCCGACUUUGGCUCAUGGACCCAUUCGGACGACUGCAGGGUUGAGUAG